GCAAUAACGUAUUUAACUUCGGAGGUUCCGAUACACACUAAAACAACAUGGACGUUGAGGAACUACUGACUUUUCAGCCUAAGAAGCCAGCUACCACAGGGAAGCGGAAGGGCUUUGAUGAAGAAAAUGGUGACACAGGUACUGGUCGGGAGAGGAAGAGAAGAUUUGCAGAUGCAGACAGUAUAGACACCAGUGUUAUGGAAGCAGAAAGGGAGAAGAUAUUACAGAUGAUUGAAAAUGAACCAGAGCCUGAUGCAUUAGAUGAAACAAGCUUGAAGAAGAUGCUUCUCAAUUUUGAAAAGAAAGUUUACAAAAACCAGGAACAGAGAAUUAAGUACCCAGAUUUACCUGAGAAAUUUAUGGAAUCUGAAUUAGAAUUAAAUGAUGUGGUACAAGAAAUGCAUGUGAUUGCGACCAUACCAGACCAGUAUCACAUAUUAGUAGAUCUCAACACUGUCACAUCGUUAAUGCAGUUAGUAGCCCAUGAAAAUACAGACAUAUCUAUAGCAGUAGUGGACCUCAUACAAGAACUUACUGAUGUUGAUACACUCAACGAAAGUGACGAGGGUGCUGCUGCUCUCAUUGACUCAUUGCUUGAGGCGCAGAUUGUUGCAUUAUUGGUCCAGAAUAUGGACAGACUGGAUGAGAGCAUUAAGGAGGAAGCCGACGGAUUACACAACACAUUAGCUAUCAUAGAAAAUAUGAUGGAGUUUCGCCCACAAAUGUCAAGUGACGCUGCCCAGCAAGGACUAUUACAAUGGCUUCUAAAACGGAUAAAGGCAAAGAUGCCAUUUGACGCCAACAAACUCUACGCUAGUGAAAUCCUUGCCAUAUUACUACAAAACAGUGAAGAAAAUAGAACAAUGCUGGGUGACAUAGAUGGUAUUGAUAUUCUGCUACAACAGUUAGCGGCAUACAAGCGACACGAUCCCAGUAACAAAGAAGAAGUUGAGAUGAUGGAAAACUUCUUCAACUCUUUGUGUUCCUGUCUGAUGAAGAAUUCCAACAGAGGGCGCUUUCUCAAGGGAGAGGGUCUACAGCUCAUGAACCUCAUGCUAAGAGAAAAGAAGAUGUCUCGGAAUUGUGCUGUCAAAGUGUUAAACCAUGCCAUGACUGGACCGGAAGGGGCAGACAACUGUCAAAAGUUUGUUGACAUUCUUGGCCUGAGAACAGUAUUUCCUCUGUUCAUGAAAGCUCCAAAGAAGGGCCGUGCUGGACCGCAGUCGGAAGAACUUGAAGAACACAUAUCAUCAAUCAUAGCGUCCACAUUACGGAAUUGUCAGGGACAGCAACGACAGAGGCUGCUUAGUAAAUUUACUGAAAAUGAUCACGAAAAGGUGGAAAGAUUACUGGAAUUACAUUUUAAAUACUUGGAUAAAGCCAGAGCAUGUGAUGAACAAAUCGAAAUGGAGAAGCAGAGACUAAAAAGCACCGGAGAGGAUAUUGAUGAGGAUUUAGAAGAUGAGUUUUAUCUGCGGCGGUUGGAAGCUGGAUUGUUUACACUACAAUUAGUGGACUAUAUCAUGCUGGAAGUUUGUGCAUCAGGAUCACAGUCUAUAAAGACGAGAGUUAUGCAGAUCCUGAAUAUGAGAGGAGGAUCCAUCAAGUCUAUCAAAAGUAUCAUGCGAGAAUAUGCUGGUAAUAUUGGAGAAGCUCAAGACAAAGAGGCUAGAGAAGCAGAACAGAACCGGAUUCUACAGCUUGUUGAUAAAUUCUGAUAAUUCCUCUGAACUUUAAAAUGGCUUUAUUAUAGGAAGCAAUUUCCUUAAAUUCCAGUUAAAAGAGGGUCGUCGCACAGAAAAAGACCUAAACUGAGUGCAAUGGGCUUUUUUUGAGUCCACCAACAAUGGAAUACAAUGCUGGUUUAAUUCUCAAUGUCUUCACACUUGUGUGGAGAGGAUAAAACAGCUGUUUCUGGGGUGGUCGAAUGUUGUAACUACAGCACUGUAUUUCUCAGCUGUUUGUAACAGUGAAAUCUCCAGAAUUCAGGACAGGCUGUUUUAAGACGACGGGAAGCACUUCUGUUUCCGAGAUGUCCCUAUUGAACUCUUGCAUCGAGGAUAGCUCAACUGUUACGAAGAUGACCGAUUCUGUUGGGUUGAGGAUGGGGCGGGGUGUUGGGGAUAUUUUAUGUUGUUCUUAUUCAAAGAUAUAUAAUACAACUGUUUCCGAGAUGUCCUAUUCAUUCGAGUCGGGGAAGGCGCAGAAUGUGGGGGAUAUUUUAAGUAGUUGGUAUUUAAUGUGGGGAGGGUAUAUAGGAAGGAGAAUACUGUUUCUGUUGAUUGGGUAAAGUUUCGGUGGGAAUAUUGAGAUUAUUUUAAGCUAUUGGAUGGCAUUCAGAGCAGGACCCAUUUCAACAAUUGAUUCACUUCAGAUCAUCAAUGUGAAGUUUUUCACUUGUAACUUUUGAGAACUUGUUUACACUUUAGCUGUAACUGUAGGGGUAGUGAUGGUGGUGCUGUAUUUUGGAUUAAAUAUUACAAUAUCGGUAGUUAUAUGUCUGUCAAAGAAAGCAUAUAAAGACCUACACAUCUUUUUUUUUGGGGGGGGGGGGGUGUAUUACAAUGGAACUGUUUUUAGGUAAGAAAUAUUUAAAUUCAUAUGGGCAGCUAGCUACUGGUUUAAUUUUUAUUUCGCAAAACGGUUAUCUUCAAUAUAUCAUGCGACUGUUCUCAUGUUGUGAAAUAUACUGGGAAACAUCACUAGUUUAUCCUUCACAUCGGUGGAAAUGUAUAAGCUAUGUUCGUUGUUUGUUCACCCUGAUAAAUGUUGAUGUAAGAUUCCAGUAUUAAACAUACUGUUACAGAAUCAAUGCUCCAUUAUAAAUUGUGUAUCAUGUAAUUGCCAUGAAGUCUGUUGUCUUACAUGAAGAAUCCACAUGUACAUUGUGAGCAUAACAUUAAAAUGCUUUAAACUAUA